AUGGCUGGGCCUUGGCUGCUACUGCUUCUGGCCCUUGGAUGUCCAGCCCUGACCACAGGUGUGAGUGCCACGCCCUUCCCCUCUCUGGCCCCACCCAUCACAUUUCUGGUGGAUGGGAAGCAGCAGACACUGGUGGUAUGUCUGGUCCUUGAUGUUGCACCCCCUGGCCUUGACAGCCCCAUCUGGUUCUCUGCUGGCAAUGGCAGCCUGCUGGAUGCCUUCACCUAUGGCCCUUCCCCAGCGGCAGAUGGCACCUGGACUAGCUUGGCUCAGCUCUCCCUACCCUCCAAGGAGCUGGCAGCCUGGGAGCCACUGGUUUGUCACACCGGGCCUGGGGCAGGCGACCAUGGCUGGAGCACUCAGCCCCUACAGCUAUCAGGAGAAGCUUCCUCAGCCAGGACCUGCAUCCAGGAGCCUAUCAGGGGGACUCGGAGUCAGGCUCUGCGGCUGGGGGCGCUGCGACUGCUGCUCUUCAAACUGCUGCUGUUUGACGUGCUGCUGACCUGCAGCCGCCUCCGGCCUGAGCGCGACGCGGGCGGAUUCAGCCGGGGCGCCCACCCCGGGGGACCCGGGGCUCCCCACACCCCCGAGGGCCCUGCGGUCCCACCGCCCGUUUCUCCCGCCGCCUCCGCCCGUCUGAGAGGCCGCAGCUCCCACUCACCGGACUUCACCGCAGCGAUGGAGGGACCGCGCUGCAGCCCUGGAGCCCCGUCUGGAGGAGGGGAACCCUCCACCGAUCGAGCUUGGGCCUGGUACUCACGACCCUACCGCAGCAGUCCUUCAAGUCUCGGGUCAUUUGACUGACUGCCUCCUCCUGGAGACUGGAGCUUCCCGGGGGCGGGCUCUGUCUCCUUUUUCAUACUGAAGGCUUUCUGAGGGAAAAGGCCAUGUCUCUUCCAUCAGACUGGGAACCCCUUGAGGGUGGCAAGCCACUCAGGCACUUGGACUUGGAUAACUGAGAACAAUUAAAA